UCAUGCAGCCAGGUUGCGGGUUAGACUUUUCUGGGCUUUGCAGUCAUAGAAGAGGUUACAAUUAUUACAUUGAGAGUCUAACAAACAAGAAAGCAUUCCCCGCUGUUCCUUGCUCGAGCUGGGACGACUACAUGAAUGAUAAGGAAUCGUGUGAAAUUGAAAAUGUGGUCUACAUGGGAGAGGGACUAUUGACAAGUACAAGAGGAGUGUAUUACUUGAAAACGAACAAGCAUCCUCCAUUUGGAUUGGGUGAAGUGUAAUAAAGACAUAAAAUAUUCCUGUUUUUGUACACAU